UUUCAAAAUUUCACCCUCAUCUUACCAAUUAAGCUAAGCUAAUUAGGGUAAGGUUGAAUACAGAGAUGAGUAACCUCCCGGUUACUGACCCGCCUGAGACCAAAUCUACGGGCUUUUUCGCUUCCAUGUCCUCCAUGUUCGGCAGCGCCAGGCGGGAAUCGAGUAGAUCGCACUCACCGGAACGCCUCAAUUUGGAAGGAUUAGAAGUCAUAAAUCCCGAGGGAGGAAAAGAUGAUGCAGCAGAGGAAGCUAAAAAAGGAAGAUUUAAACCGGAGGAAAGAGAUAGUUUCUUCAAAAUGAUGAAAAAUUACAUUGGGGCAGAUGUGACAUCAUUGGUAACACUACCAGUUACUAUCUUUGAACCUAUGACUAUGCUUCAGAAAAUGGCCGAGUUGAUGGAGUACUCCCACUUGCUUGAUAAAGCAGAUGAGUGUGAGGAUCCAUACAUGCGGCUUGUGUAUGCAUCAUCAUGGGCUGUAUCUGUGUACUAUGCAUACCAAAGAACAUGGAAGCCUUUUAAUCCAAUCCUUGGAGAGACCUAUGAAAUGGUUAACCAUGGUGGAAUCACUUUUCUUUCAGAACAGGUUAGUCAUCAUCCCCCAAUGAGUGCUGGGCAUGCUGAGAAUGAGCAUUUCACAUAUGAUAUCACCUCGAAGUUGAAAACUAAAUUCUUGGGAAAUUCUCUGGAUGUUUAUCCUCUCGGAAGGACACGUGUAACUCUCAAGAGGGAUGGUGUAAUCUUAGAUUUGGUGCCACCUCCUACAAAGGUUAAUAACCUGAUAUUUGGACGGACAUGGAUUGAGUCACCUGGGGAAAUGAUAAUGACAAAUUUGACAACUGGGGAAAAAGUUGUACUUUACUUUCAACCAUGUGGAUGGUUUGGGGCUGGUCGCUAUGAGGUAGAUGGGUAUGUUUAUAAUGCUGCAGAGGAGCCUGAAAUUUUGAUAACUGGGAAAUGGAAUGAGUCAAUGCAAUAUCAACCUUGUGAUUUGGAAGGAGAGCCUCGUCCAGGUACAGAAUUGAAAGAGGUGUGGCAUGUUGCUGAUGUUCCAGAGGAUGACAAAUUUGAUUAUACAUAUUUUGCUCACAAAUUAAACAGUUUCGACACAGCUCCAAGAAAACUCUUGCCAUCGGACUCCCGUUUACGCCCAGAUAGAUAUGCACUUGAGAUGGGUAACAUAACCAAAUCUGGUGCUGAAAAGAGCAGGUUGGAGGAGAGGCAGCGUGCUGAAAAGAAAAUAAGGGAGGCCAAAGGGGAAACCUUCAAAACAAAGUGGUUUGAUAUAACUAAAGAAGUGGCAACCACUCCUUGGGGUGACUUGGAAAUCUGUAAAUACAAUGGUAAAUACACUCAGCAUAGAGCUGCUAUAGAUAGCUCAGACAUUGAUGAGGUUGAUAAUAAAUCCGUUGAAUUCAACCCAUGGCAGUAUCCACCACCAUCAUAAUUUUGUCCUCGGUACUCUGUUUUCUCUCUUUUGGAAAGCCUGAGAUAGUGGAAAAUAUCUGUCCUUUUCUGGUUGUUGGCUUGUGUAUAUGGUAUGGUAACUACAGUUCAUUGUUCUGUCUUAAUUGAUCUAUAAUUGUGAUGUAGAAUGUUAUUAGUUUCUGUAG